UCAUUUACCCAGCAUGCACUUGGAUUAGAUGCUCUCACAGUUCAAGAGCUCGAGUCUGAAAUGCACCCUAAAAAACUUCGCUGACCAGGGCUUGUGCGGCACGCUUGAUCACAACCUGGAUACAACCUGUUCCAGCCCCUCCCCUCUGGGAAACCUCCCCAUCUGGCGACACAGCACGGGCACGUUCACGCGAACGUCAUAUCACGUAUUCUAAUAGCGAUAUGGCCCCACCUGCUGGAGAUAAUACAGCAUGACAGAUACCUACGCGCCGUGAGGGAAGGCGGCAAAACCCCGUUGGAGCAGGCGCGAGCGGGCGCCACUGAUGGUGCGGGUAACGUUAGCCACUACAGCACACUACUGUACUCACUAAAGAUGUUAGCGGCAAAACGUUCGGUUUGUUGAAAUGGAUGACAAUGAUUCCUUGGGCAGUAUGGGCAGUAUGGACAGUUUACUCCUUCAGCUGGCUCUACAAACCUGGGAGAUAACUGAGAAGAGGGAUCAACUAAAUCAACAAAUUCAAAUCAUCAAAGCUAAUGUUGCAGAGAAGAAAUCCUUCAUUGAAGGUGUACAAAGAAACAUCCAGAAGCUUGAGGAAGAAUCUCACCAUAAGCAGAAAAUGGUGAAACAUCUCAAAGACAACUCAAAAAGUCUGAAAGGAACUAACAGCCUCCUGCUGCAUUAUGAGAAGACCCUGCAGGCUGAACUGGAGAGUAGACAAGAUAACUGCAACCAAGACAUGAAGGUGUACCAGGAGAGAAUCGAGAGCUACAGGAAGGUUUACCAACAGCACAAAGAGCAGUACUGCCAGAAUCCUCUGGCCAAUAAUCUGUUGCUGAUACAGGGGGAGAAGGAAGAGAUUGAGAGACGGAUUAAAGCAAUUGAGGAACGAAUAAAGGCUAAAGAAAAACUUUUACAGGAUCUCUUAGGUCAAACACUCCCCAUUGAGAACCCAAAAGAAAGCAUCUUGGGUCUUCAGACGGAAACUUCUUACAGACAGUCAGACCCUCCAACCGAGAAUGACCUUCAUUCUCCACUAGACAUCUCCUCACUCCAUCUCGCUCAGGAAGACAAACAAGGAGAUGGAGUGACUGAAGAGAACCAGGAGAUCUUUUUGAGGGAAACUUCUGCUUUCCCACCAGCACAAGAAGCCCCAAACUGUGACCUGUGGUCUGAGUCAGAGUCUAUGGUUCAGACAGCAGGCCAGGUGGCUGGCUUAGAGCAGCACACAGGGAGUGGGCUGGAGGAACAUCUCAACAUCUCAGGGGAGGGGAUGGAGGAGGUGGUAAAGGAGAGAGGGACUAAGGGAGGAGAGGAGCAGCCUACAUCUUUUAUUACUGAAGAGGAGAAUGAAGCGAUGGUAGUAGCUGUCUAUCCCCGGACGUCCCCUAAGACCCCUGCCAGAACGCCAGCAGUGUCCAGCACCCCAACCUUCUCAAUAAACAGUACCCCCAGCAGUUCACCAGGCCAACCAGAUGGCUCCACAACCAAAUCCCCAGGCUUCCUGUUCUCCCUGACGUCUGGUCCGAGGCCCGCCACACCGGCCUUCUCUGGCUUCGACUGUGGCUUUGAAAUGGGCUCGGCUCCGGAGGAGGACACCCCUUUUUCCUUCACCAGUUCUUACUUCAGCAGUGAAAAGAAAUCGCUUGGAUUCAGCUUGCCAACAGGCUUCCCGUUUGCCCUGCCGGAGUUGGAGAAGUCAGAAGAUGGUUUUGAGUUUCCUUUCAGCUCCAGGAGUCCCAAUCAGCCAUCUGCUAGCAGGGAGAAGUGGGAAGAGGACUCCUUUGCCUUUAACUUGGGGAAGUUCUAAAAAAAAAAUACUGUGUUUAAAGGAGGAAUCCCAAGAAGCAGCCUAUUCCUUCUCUAGUGCAGUGUUUGAGCUCAACCCCAAAGGGUCCUGGCUAAAAAUAGUGCACUUGGAGAAUAUGGUUCCAGUCCGCACACAUCCUGAUAUACUCCAGGGGUUGUUACUGCACUAGUUUCCUGUUUGUUUGGUUAUUUCCUGUUGGAUCAUUUCCUGUUAGGCUAUUUGUAGAAAUAUGCUUUUAAGUUGUUUGAAAGUACAAUUACAUUGUAACAUUCAGACCAAGUAAAUCUUUUUGGGUACACUGUAAUGUGGACAUUUCCACACAAGUUUAGGACAGUCUAGCUUCUCUUCAUUAUAACACGUCUAUAUGUAACAUUUAUAAUACUUGAGUUUUAAAAAUAAUACUUUUAUGUACUCAUAUAAAAAUAAAAAUCUGAAUCUGUAGAACCGUAAAUGUUUUUAUUCAUGGAUCUUUCCAUAAUUCAUUAUUGAAUUAGAUAUUUUUAUUUUUGAGGCGUUUCUUUUAAACUACUGACAUUUAAACAACUGAAAGACUUGGAUGUUCUGCUGAAACAGAACAUCCUGGAAUAAGGGAAGUUGCACGUGAUCAGUGUUUUGAUUUGAAGAAUCAUCAGUUCAGAUUUACAUAGUUGCACAAGCAUGAAUAAAA